AUGCCACACUAUAUUCAAUUAUUGAAAUCACCACAGAUAUUGAAACACAAUGGAAGUUCUUUCUUGAUCAAUACUUUAAUUACCAUCACCACAGACCUCGGCGACUCCUUUCUUGCUGAGGAUGCCAAAAUCGUCGCUACAGUGGAAUGUUCACGAUCAAUUACCCCAUUGCAGCAAACAGUCACUUGGAAAGCAGGCAGUAGGCAGCUGAAAGUACUAUUUGGGCCCAUACGGCAGAGUACAGACAAGCUUCGCAUGCGAUUUAGUCCUUAUGGUAUAUCCUCAGCAGAAUCCGAUAGUCUCCAAGGACCUCAUCUCCCUAAAAUCAUAUCUGCAUGGAGCCCAUGGUUUCAUACAGCUUAUGGGAAACCCGUUGAGAAACUAGUGCUACGACGCUUCACCCCCAUAAUAGGACCAGAGCUAUGUAUUUGGGAAGAAACGGGAAACAGCAUCGCAAGGCAUAUCUGGGAUGCAGCUUUAGCUGCUAUCAUUGACUUUGGCCGCAGGAUACAAAACCGAAAGGAUAAGAACCACAGAGUGACUGCGCUAGAGCUCGGCUCGGGAUGCGGUAUUGUCGGCAUUGCGUUGGCACAGAUGCUACCUAACUGCUCCGUAAUGCUCACAGAUCUUGAGGAGGUGCGAGAAAUCAUUAAUCGGAAUAUCUUGACAGCAAAACUGGCGGACAGUUCUCAGGUCGAGUUUCAGACUCUUGAUUGGGAUGAAGAACUUUCUACAGACAUGCAAAACCGCCACAACGACCUGAUUUUUUUGUCUGACUGCACGUAUAACUCCGAUUCAUUGCCCGCACUAGUUAAGACUAUUGUUAGCCUACAUCGGAUUUCGCCCACCGCAACACUGAUUGUGGCGUGGAAAAAGCGAUGCGAGAGCGAGUCGGCUUUUUUCCGCCUAAUGCAAGAUACAGGAUUCGCCAUUUCGGGGGAGUCGAUUAUUUCCCCACAAAGCCUGGGGAGUAAGGGUGACUAUCCCAGCCUCACGCCGGUCAUGGUUUAUCGCUUCUCGCGGGCGCAGGAGCCCAGUCAGGCACCGGGCGUUAUGCUUGAUUUCUGA